AUGCUGCCGCUCCUGGAUCUGCAGCCCCGGGCGCGCCCGCACGGCGAUUGCCGCCUCCACUCCAACCUCAUCCACUCUCACUCUGACAUUCUCUCCAGAGUCCUCGCGUCGAGCCCGUGGCGCCGGAGCGCGAGCCCCAAGCUCGGGACACAGCGGGACAUUGACGAUCUGCGAUGCCUGUGCGUGCAGGUGAUCACGGGCCCGGCGGUGGCACCCUUCCAGGCGCGCUGCGCCCGCGCGUUUGCGACGCCCGUGUAUGUCACGACCGAGCAGCUGCAGCAGAUCCUCCAGAACGUGCAGGCCGAGCUUGAGCGGCGCGCGGCGCUGCAGCGCGGGGCGCCCGAAUCGAAGCGGAACUCGAUCUUGUGCGCCUCGGGCAAGGCGUUGCCCAGCGAGGCGGAGGUGCACGCAUGGGCGCUGCUCGUGCUGCUACAUGGCCGCGGCGCGGACGGCUCGUGGGUCGCCGUCCCGACGCUCGUCGACCAGUGGAUGAACGUCGUGCUGCUGCAGUCGAUCAAGCCGCCGCUCGGGCGGCGGAGCCGCUCGCCCACAUCACGCGGGGCGCCGAAGAAGCGCGGGGCGCCGAAGAAGCGCGGGGCAACCGCAGCAGGCGUGGCGGCUGAUGAGGCGGCGCCACAGGCGCGCGAGGCGCGCCCACGGCGCAAUGCACGUUGA